CCUCUACCACGACCACUUCACGACCCUCUGCCUGUAAUCUAGGGCAGCCACGAACAUGCCACACAUCGCACCAUAUGCAGACUCUGCGGCCAUAGCGGACAGGCUCGCUAGCAGCAUCCAGUUCCCAGCCCCGCCGCGCCGUGCUUCGGACAGCGUCCCAGAGAUCGGCGGCUCGCCCGCGGGCUUCAUCAUCCUCAUCGUCGUCCUCUCUGCCAUCUUCCUCAUCUCGAGCGCUGGCGUCUUCGUCCUCCUGCGCGCGCACCGGGACGACCCUUACGAGCGCCAUGCCCGCCGCGUCCUGUCCGGCCGGCGCGAAGACGUCGCGCGCCAGAUGCCGCUGGGGCCGCCGGGGCUCAGGGAGAAGCUCAAGGGUCUGUUUCAAGGGCGCGGCCGCCGCGGCGGUUGGGUCAGGGCGAGUUCGGGGGACGAUGCGUGGGACGCCUCGGAGCCUGCGGCGCGCGGCGCCCCAUAUGACCCGCCGAGCGGGCCCCUGCCGAAGAGCAACUUUGGGGUGCACAAGAGCGACACGAUGGAGUCUGUCGAGCUCGCGGCGCCGACGCUCAAGGACGUUGCUCUCCCCACGCUAUCCUACGAUGACCCGUACUCGUCGUCCCCGCCCCCCUUGGAGCGGAGUGCUGGGCGCUCCUCACCUGGACGGCGAAGCGUCAGCGACGACGACGAGGGUCCCUUUGACGCUAUCCCAGCGGAUAGGGUGCCGCGCACGUUUGAGAAUGGGACGAGGUUCAAGGAGAGUCUCUAAAAUACGUUGCUGCGUCGCCAUGACGCCUCUCUAUCUAACCCUCGGGCUGUCCAUUCUCCCACAUCAUGCAUCGUCAUACGUGUACUCACUGCAAUCUGUGUAUCGUUAUCGCAGGCCUUCAUUCAUGCGCCCGGUGUAUUCGUAGUCUCAUACGCUGUCCCGUCAUGUUGUAAUUCUAGUCUUCGCAUUUGUAACGCUGUUC